AAUGUAUUUGUAUCGCCACGCUGCUGGUUGUCCUUGAGAUAUUGAACAAUGAAGUUGAUGUGGACGAAAUGUCGUGGAAUCGCACUUAGUAUUUAAGUUUAUUACAUCCCCUGAGCUUCGUACAAAACUAAAGGGUGUUUUUCUUAUCUCUCUAGCAAUCCCAGAUGACAUUGUACAAAGUCACCAUAAAACUGCCAAAAGUAGUGCCUUUCUGUGAUCCUAGCUCACCUACAGUAUUUGUAAAAGUACCAUUUAUUAAUCAUGGCUACUGCUGAAAUUUCACAUCACGAAGACCUUGUCCUGGAACCAAUCUCUUUUACUGAUAUUAAAUGGAAUGUAUCUAAUGGAGAUGAAGCCCAUGACUUUCCUGAAGUUCAUCUGGAUGGAACCCAAGUGAAAUAUUUUUCUGCUGCCAUGGGUAUGAGCUCGAAGCGCAAAAGAGAAGCGUCACUUUCUUCUUCAGCUGCAAGCAACAAACAAACAGUGCAAAAUAAUUGGCGCCAUGCCCUGAUGAAAGCGCGGUCUCAUACCGACCCUUGGGAGAAAUUUCACUUGGAGCAUUAUCCGACCGAAAAUGCCAAUCGUCAUCGGUAUAAUGCGUUGCAAAAAGAAUGGGUAGUCGAUCAAGUCAAUGUUAAAGUGCAAACCGAAUCUUUCGCUCAUGGGGCCAUGAGAGAGUGUUACCGUAUUAAAAAGCUGAGCAAUUUCAGUCAUAACCAGGAUUGGCGACGGGAUUCUAAUAAUGCUGUUAUUAAACGUUUUCUUCAACCUGUUGAUCGCCAAACGUACUUUGAUGAAGUGAAACUUCAAAUGGAUGCAAAGCUAUGGGGAGAAGAGUUUAAUCGACAUCACCCACCUAAACAAAUAGAUUUUUUUCAAAUGGCCGUCCUAGAAUUUGUUGAUCGUCCUGAUAGACCAUUAUACCACAUAGAAAACUUCAUAGAAGGAAAUUACGUUAAGUACAAUUCUAAUUCUGGCUUCGUACUUGGUGACGAUGCUCAUCGUCACACGCCACAGGCAUUGAGUCAUUUUACUUUUGAACGUUCCGGUCACGAACUGAUGGUCGUGGACAUUCAAGGUGUAGGGGAUUUAUACACGGAUCCUCAAAUUCAUACUGUCUCAGGGACUGAAUAUGGCGACGGUAAUCUGGGAACAAGAGGCAUGGCCUUGUUCUUUCAUUCACAUAUCUGCAAUUCAAUUUGUACUAAUCUUGGAUUGACGCCAUUUGAUUUGGCCCCUUCUGAAAUUGCUUUGUUGACUGCCAAUUCGUCCGCUUCAAACGAUGUCGGAACUGUUUCACGUGGAACGGAAGAAAUAGUAGUUUUGCCUUCUCAAUAUCAACGAACCCACCUUCACGAAUUUCUUCGCAUGAGAUCUUCAUCAAGCAUUGGCUCAUGUGCAUCGCUAACAGAUAGCAUAGGUGAGUGGACUGCCAAUGAUAUUGUGGAAGAUGAUGGCAACGAUUCGGACGGAGGAAUCCAACUUCGCUCCCGCCUUUCUUCAAUCGGAAAGAAUAGCAUUUACGUUACGUCCUGCGACUCACCUAACCACAUUGAAAAUAGCUCGGACAGUGUCCCUCGCCGACGUCCACGUCUAUUCUCGGAAUCGAGUUCGGCGUCUGUUACUAAUAACGAUGAAGCUGACCGAGCAGCUUUUAGACAAUCGAUUGAUAAGAAAAAUCGCCCGUCGGGCGUUUUAGCUGAAAUAGAAGCUAGAAAAAAAUUAUGGGACGCCGAAGAAGAAGACGGCGAAGAUUGCGAUGAAAUUCGUAAGCAACGUACAGGUGGUUCAGUUUUGGGACAGAUUCACUUAGAUAUGGCCAAAUAUCAUGAAAUGCAACGUUUUACUAAGCCCGACUCAACCGGCUACGACCAUGAAGCUGCCUUCUACCAUUUACGACACGCUGCUGAUUGCGGUAAUCUUGAAGCAAUAAUUACGACGGCGAGAAUUGCGCUGCACCUGCCACAUGAUGUUCUUCCGGAUUUGGAUUUGGAAGAAACAGACAAAAAUAUCGACAUGGGUGUAGAUUACAUGCGCAUGGCGGCCAUUGCGGGAGACCGUGCAGCUCUAGUAUACUUGGCCAAAGCAUAUGAUACUGGAAAAGGAUUAGGAAGCCGGCCCAUAUCAUGGACCGAAGCAGUUCACUGGUACACCGAAGCGAUAGAGGCUGUAAAAACCAGUGACGAGGAGGGAAACUACGAUGGCACUAUGGACGACCCAACCUACCAACUACUAGGCCGUUUAGGUGAAAUGUACCGAGACGGAGGACAUGGCUUGGAGAGCGAUCCAGCCAAAGCAGCCGAAUACUUGAGUAGCGCUGCCGACUCUGCCAUGGCUGCCAUGAAGGGAAGAUUGGCCAAUAAGUAUUAUGCGUUGGCUGAAGAGAUGAACGCAUUGAUUGAUAACGAUGAAAAUUGAAUGACUGUGGUUUGCACUAGUCGAGGUUUUUCUUUUCAACUCUUAUUUUUCUGUUAUCAAGGAUCUUCUUUUAACAGUGAUAUUUGCAAAGGGCAUUGUUAUGGGGGGGGACUUUAGUGUUUGUUUUGUUUCUUUUUUAAGAACUAACUAAUAAAACUUUGUGGUUGACUAGCUGGCCGUGAACUUUACGCGAUGGGGUGGGUACACGAACGUAAUUUUCUUCCGCGCAGUUGUCUUGGCGCCGUGUUGUUCUAGAGUAAUUCUGUUUUUCAAGGGUAAAUUUACCUGAUCUAUCCGUGCCCCGAAACUACAUUAGCGCACAUUAAUUUUAACAUUUU